AAAAGCCCCAGCCCAUUGCUGUUAAUAAUUGCACACUAGCGAGCUUUCGUGCGUUGGAUCUUCUCCCCCCCGGAUUUGCUGCGUGUGCAAUCGGAUCCGAAUUUCCCUUUCUCUGUUCCCUCAAUCGCCGCGCGGAGGAGAUUGAUUUUUCCUCCAUUAAUUGAGGACCCCGAUUGGCCUCCGCCUCCUUCCCCCACACCGUACCGCACCAGGAAGGAAGGAAGGAUGCAAGAAAGGAAAUCGCCAAUCGGAUCCCGUCUCCAUUUUUGGCAGCGUUUCUUCUAUUUAUACUCCCUCCUGCCCUCUCCCUCCUUCCUUGCAUCGACGCAUCUCGUCUUGCUGAGAAAAGAGAGAGAGACCUCGAGGGCAAGGAGAGGAAAGAAAAGCCUCAGGGCAGCCACGACGAUGGGGAGGCCGAGCAAGGGGCGGCAGCGCAUCGAAAUCCGCCUCAUCAAGGACGACGACCGGCGAGAGGUCACCUUCUCCAAGCGCAAGUCCGGGCUGCUCAAGAAGGGCUCCGAGCUCUCCCUCCUCUGCGGCGCGCACGUCGCCUUCGUCGUCUUCUCCCCCGGCGGCAGGGCGUUCGCGCUGGGCACCCCCUCCGUCGACCACGUCCUCCGCCGCUUCGACCCGCUCCCCGGCGACGAGGACGACGGCGACCUCCUCGCGCUUCUUCAGGACGGCGACUGCAUGAGUGCCUCGGACCGCGGGGCCGUGGAAGCCAUCGUGCGCCGGACGGAGGAGACCAAGGCUCGCGCGGCGUCUGUGAAGGCUCGGAUGGACGCCGUCGGGGAGAAGGUGCGCCAGGCUGUGGUCAAGGGCGGCGGGAAGUUCUGGUGGGAGGCGGACGUGGAAGCGCUCGGGGAGGCUGAGCUGCCGGAGUUCGCCAGGGCGCUCCGCCGGCUCAGGGACAACGUGCAGCGCCACGUGGACCAGAUGUUGGCUUCUGCUUAGUCUGCGCAGAUGCAGUAGUGCCGUGGUGGGGGGCUCUGCAAAAGGUCUUUUAGUUUGGUUCGUGCUUGGUUGUUGCUAAGUUGCUUAGUAGUUUGUCCGAGGAACCUCUCAAAGGAACAAUAAGAUUAGUGUCAUUAGCCUAUCAAAGGACAAGAAAUGGGUACUGUGAUUGGUAUUAGUGGUUAAUUUCGACUUGCUAAUAAGUGAGCAGGGGCAGUCAUAACUCAUAAGUUGUUUUAGUAUACGAACUCAGCUGCUUCUCUUGAAUAUCAGCAAUACAUUAAUCAUGUUCGCACCAUCCUGAAAUGUAUGGUGAUU